UGCUAGAAAUGGAGCUUUCACUUAGCCAGUCACUCAGGCGAAUUUUUUGUCUUUCUCGUAUUUCAGAAAGUGUCUGCCCCGUCCAAUAUAUCCAUCCCAAAUCUGUAGGACGUUAACCUUGCUUUCAAACCUGCAACAGAAGUUCAUCUCCCCUAGAAAUCAGACAAAGAUUUUCACCUCUUGUAGAAGCGAGGUUAUUAUGCAUGGCUAUAAUUAACCUGCGCAUUCAUUUAAAGCCGGGAUCGUGCAUCUGCGUUUAUCUUGGUGCACUUUGGAAACAUGCGUCCCCAAACAGACUGACAACUGAACAAACUCGGGGUGGGCCCUUCUAAGGCUGUCGGACGGGGGCCGUUUGUCUGCAGCAGCCAGGCUGGGAGCUAGUAAAGCUAUUUUGAAAGUGACCCCCUCAGUAGGGAACGGGGCAGAGAGCAGAGAGCAGCUGUCCGGAAUCAUGACUGAAGAUGACGGAUACUGUUGUCGUGGAGGGACAAGCCAAGUACAGAGAUGGAAAAAAGUGGAAAAGUAGGUGGGUGGCUCUCCGGAAACCUUCUCCAGUAGCAGCAUAGGGGAUGAGUGGGAGAGGGGCCUCGCUCUUUGAAGUGGGCUAAGCCGCAGGACAGGUCCCGCUUGAGGUUUUAAUGAGGAGCUGCGCCCCCGGACCAUUCCGUCCUUUUGAAGUAGCCGGAUCCCCUCGAUAACCCCGCUGUCUGGCUGGCCGCCGCCACAACUGACAAAGCGAGGCUGCGCACGACUGCCUGGUGCUGCUGGUGUACAAAGACUGGUCAGAUAAAACCAAGGGUCACAGGGAGCGGAGCAGCGUGACGCUGGAGGACAUCUGCGGCCUGGAGCCGGGGUCGCCUUACGACGGCGUCAGCUACACGCUGGCCAUCGUCACCCUCAGCCAGGCCGUCAUGCUGGGCUUCGACAGCAAGGAGGCCCUGCUGGCCUGGGACACCCGCAUCCGCUACAGCCUGGGGGAAGUUCACAGGUUCGCCGUGGGCGUGCUGGCCGGUACCAGGCUGGAAAGCGGCCCCGCCACUCUGCACCUGUGUAACAACCUGCUGGUUCUGGCCCGGGACCUGCCCCCCGCCGUCGUCGGCCAGUGGAAGCUCUCGGACCUGCGGCGCUAUGGUGCCGUGCCCAACGGCUUCGUCUUCGAGGGUGGCACGCGCUGCGGUUACUGGGCUGGCGUCUUCUUCCUGUCCUGCCUGGAGGGCGAGCAGAUCAGCUUUCUGUUCGACUGCAUCGUCCGGGGCGUCUCGCCGACCCGCGGCCCGUUUGGGCUCAGGCCAGUCCUGCCAGACCCCAACGCAAGUCCAGCUUCCAUGGAGGAGCGUGUGAGGCAGGAGGCGCAGGAGCUGGAGAAGCGACUGAGCCUCCUCUCCCACUGCAGUCGCCAGAGCAGCGCAGUGUCCACCUGCAGCUACGGCGCGUCUGUGGCGAGUGAUGAGCGCAGCAUAUCCAGCUCCUCCUCAGAGACCAGCCACUCUGACACCAGCCUGGGAAGCCGCCUGACCCUGUGGGCGGAGCCGGGGCCCAGGGCAUCCGGUGCCGUGGAGCCCCUGGUCCAGGCCCAAGGCAGGGGCCCCCUGCAUACCGAAGAGGGCCUGGGUGCCGCCAUCACCACGGCAACACGAGUCCUGUCCAAGCCUACCCGCAGCCGGGGGCUGCAGGAAAUUGGCCGCCAGAGCUCGUCGGAUAGCGGCAUUGCCACCGGGAGCCACUCGUCGUAUUCCGGAAGCUUCUCGUCCUACACUGGAAGUCUGGACAUCGGCCAGGGAGAUGAGUUCGGCUCUCUGCUCAGCCUGCCUGAGCGGAAUGUCUGCACGUGCCCAGCCGCUGAAUACCAGGUCCCCAGUUCUCUCCGGCCUCUCUACGACACACCAAGGAACCUGCGCCAGUGUGCACCACCCAGGGACCAGCUGGCCCCCCUGGCCCCGGAUGCUGGGGGGGGGGGGGCAGAUCCGAGCGUGAGCAGGCGACCGGCCGUACAGUCCGGCCCAGAGCUGGGAGAGCUGGCUCAGGUUUCCAUGGACUCGGCGUUGAAGUUGCCGGCGCCACAGAAACAUGGACCGACUUUGGACUUGCGGGCCGGCGAGGUGGUGCCCCCUGCUGCCAGCCUCUUGGAAUCGCACGAGACAUUCAGCCUCCAGUCUGGGAUGGCAAGACCGCUCUUCGCUGCCUGUCCUGUCUGCGGCAAAACGAAGUGCAAUCAUUCAUUUAAUCUAAACUACAUUACCCAUGAGCAGUGCUACUCAGCAAUGAAAAAAUGUGGUAAGCAGGGAACAACUCUCCCGCAUUCAGGAGUCCUGGCCGUUCCAACCGGAUCAGACAAAAAGCCAAUGAAGAAGGAGGAUAAGGGCAAAGGAGGCGUGGCCUAUGAAGCUAUGGAAGGGCGGGGAGUGGAGAAGUCCUCCGAGGUUGACGACCGGAGCAGCUAUGAACUGAUGGGCAGCUGUGGUCAGCAGAGACUGUACGCUGACUCUGAAGGAGCAGUGUCUUCGAUGGGCUCCUCCACCAUGGCGAAGGCUCACAGGCAAACUUCUGAUCCCAAAGGAGGCUAUGAGCUGAUGGCCUCCACUAUCGAUGCACCCAGGAGGGGGGGCGUGAAUCCAGCAGAGUGUGGCAGCGCGUCGGCCGUCCUGGGGAACGUGGCGGCAGCGGCGCCGCCCGAAAGGCCGCGUGGGGGCGGGCCGACCUACGUCAACAUUCCCAUCAGCCCCGCGUCCAAGAAGCAGCUCCACUACAUGGAGCUGGAGCUGCAGGAGCCUGGCUCUGCGGUCCGAGGUAACGGCGCACACCUGCGCGGACGUAGAGGAGGCUCGACAAAGUACGCCCUGAUUGACAUCGCCGCCACGGAGACGGCCCACAAAGUGGGCUCCCAGCAUGCCCAGUGCAGAGAGGAGCGCCUGCAGGAGCUGGAGCAGAGGAAGAAGGGGGCGCCGCAGUGACCUGUCAAGCGGACUGAACCCGCGGCUCCAUUUCUGAGUUUUUUUUUUUUUCCCUCCCCGGCAGCAGAAGCACAUGCUCCCAGCGCGGAGUAACCAAAUCCAGACCCGACGUCUGAGAAAAUGACCAUCCACCCCCCCCACCCUGCCCAAUGCGGGAGCUGUCGCUGUUCGUUUGUAUUCCUCUUUCUUCCCUUCCACAUUCAGCCUCUUUCUGGACACGACGCACACAGACUCCCCUUCUCUUCCCCCCUCCUCACUGUCAUUUGGCCGCCCUCGGAGCUCUGUCAUCAGCCCCCUGGGAACUGGCUCGGCGCCAAGGGAGGAAAAACUCCCCUGAAACCUUUUUGUGAUUCGUUUUGGGGGAUUUUUUUGGGUCUGUUAUGCCACUUCCUGUCUUUAGUUACCUACGAUAUUGAGAUGGUGGUUACCCAUCAUAUGUGCUUCAUGGGUGGCAGCUUUCAAGCGAGUUUGUAGCCGGGCUGGACUGAGAUUCAAAAUUGGCUCUGAACUUUCAGGUCCCUUACAUUAAAUAUUGUUCACGGGGGGGCGGCAUAUGCCAUUGGUCUACCGGGAAAAAUAUCUAGCCAGCCCGGCCCUGGUUUGUAGCAUUGUACUUACCGACACUCCCUCCACGUCUUCACUUUGCAGCCGUCAUUUCCCAAACGUCCUGUGCCGUGUAGCGUAGCAUAGCAUAGCGUAGCGUGCAUGCGUGUGUCAAGACCAACCUUAUUCAGUGUUACGCUUCAGUGGUCCUCCUCAGCUCUGGAAUGGCUUGGUGCGAACACGGUCCGCCUGGCGCUCGAGUGACGUCCUCCUGCCGAGAGCUGGACGUCCCACCUUCCGGACGGACGCUAACAGCAGAACUGGCCGCUUCGGAAUUUCGUAGUUUCUGGUGCUAACUUCCAUCCUGCUACUAUCCUAAUGGCUGGUUCUUUGCUGUGGGGGAUGCAUAAAAAUAAGCUCCGGACAGCUUCAACCCCAAAUCUACCGUCUUAUCUUUACCGUUACGUAUAUUUCCCUUGCAGGAAAUGAAUAGGAGAGCAGUGUUUUGGACCUCAAUUAUGCAAAAAGAUUUUAGAGUGAUAAGAAUAAUCUUUCCUAAUUUUGUAGCAUUAUUUGAUCCUCUGGCCCUGGGGAGGAAGUUAUUCUUGGUAUAUGGAGUAUAUGUGCCCUACGGUGGUGUGUUGUAUGUUUAGGCAGGUAGAGUAAAGACGGAGUUCUGCUGGAGCUCCUGGCUUGCAUGCAGGUGAAGAUGCAGGAAGACGCUCUUCACUUUUCCAUUUCUCGCCUUCACCCCCAGCUGUUCCACACGACCUGUAAAUAUCCUCGCCGUGUAGGUAACACGCAUCUCAAAGUUGUACAUAUAAGGAUUUUAUGUAAAGUGAACGCUCUGGAAGGGAUCUUUUUCAAACGCAUAGAUUUUACUUUGUAUUUCUAAUAAAUUUAGGCACCUUACCGGUU